UUAAUAUAUUUUCAGCAGUACAGACGAUUCCAUUUCAUUUCUUUGAGAGACGAUCUUCCGGAAUUAAAAAUCAGUUACGAUGAUUUACAAGAUUUACCUGCUGGCCGCCGCUGUAAUGGCUCUGCUAGCCUCGUCGUGGGCUGAUUAUGGACACCACGAUUUCCAUAAGCCGGCGCACUACAACUUCAAGUAUGGCGUCGUCGACCAAUACAAAGGGCUGGACUUUGGCCAUGAGGAGCACAGGGAUGGACAUCACACUAAGGGGUCUUACUACGUGCACCUGCCCGACGGCCGUGUGCAGAAGGUGAAGUACACGGCAGAUAAACACGGCUACCAGGCACACGUGUCGUACAGCGGAUAUGCUCAUCACGAUCACGGCUAUCAUUAAUAAUAAAUUUGAUUAAUUACAAAGUCACGACUAUCAUUAACAUCAAAUUGAAACAAAUUACCAUUACCAUGGCUAUCCUUAACAUUUACUUGCAAGAAUUUCAACAAACUUUUUUUCGUGUGAGACACGAAAUUAAAAUAAAAAUACUUGAAACAUU